UCUUACCCCACACCCCUUAUACCUUCAGAUGUUUUUUCUGUAGCCAUUUGCAUUCAAGAUACCCAUCCUGUUUUAAAUAUACAGCAUACCCCAACAAAAACAAACUUGUAAAAAUUAUAAACACUUGUAAUUGUGACACUAACACGACACAUCUCGACACCUUUCCGACAAUUUCCGAACACGACAUAAAAAUAUAAACAAAACAAAUUAUUUCGUGCAAGUGCUUAUCAUCUCCAAUAUUUAUGCUCAAAAGUUUCCUCUAAGCUUGAAAUUUCUUACAUGGGGAUAAAAGUCGAUGGGUUUCAGUCGUAGAGAUAUAUUUGUGCGAUGAGUAACGUACCUUACGGCGAUCUUGGCGAAACAAGCGGCGAAAGUGCUCGAGUCCUCGACAACACUGCCUCUGGUGGACCCGAUGCGGCCGCAAACAGUUCUGAUGAAGAUAAAUUGAGUGAAACAGGAGAUAUUGGUGUUAGUGGCGAGGUUCAUGCUUCGUAUCAGGUGAUUUAUUAUCGUUGUGCUCAAACAUUGUAUUGUAUAAAGAGUAUAAUGUCAAUUAAAUAGCAUUUGAUCAAAGUGGAUUAUAUAAUUUAUUUUAAGGGCGCAACAUUAGAAAAUGAAGGGGGGGUUGAGCAAGGGGUCCAUUCAGGCAAAAUUUUCUGAAAAAAUAUCACAACACAAAAAAAAAUCAAGCAUACCAUAAAAAAAUGCAUGCAUGGCAGAAAAAAUGUCCUCCCCCCCCCCCAAUUCAUUACACCCUUCCAGAAAGUAUGUCAUGUUGGUAUGAGAGCCUCAUUUUCAUGAUAGCAACAUUUCAGUUCAGCUGAUGUCGCCCACAUAGAAAUGAGGCUCUGUAGCCAAAGUGAUGUACUUUCUGAAUGGUGUAUAUUAGCUGCUAACUCUACUAACCACUUACAUCAUUAUGUCUUCCAAAAAUAUAGAAAUGUGGACACAAAGGAUCCAAAGGAAAAAAUCAGUUAAAGUAUGUUUCACCGAUAUGGACAUCUAAUCAAUUUUGAUUGGACCUCCCUGAUUGCAGUAGAACGUACUUCUCCUAGCCUACAGACACUUCUGUAUAACAGACAUUUGAUAUUUGUAUUUAGCUUUCACUAAAAAUGUUUAAGGCCACGGUCAAACAUCGAACUUUUCAUGCGCCGAACCUAAUGCAAAUGAAGUGAAACAAAGAACUUAGCCCAUUAAAUUAACAUUAGGUUUGGCACAUGAAAAGUUUGAUUCUGGCCUAAGAUAUUAAAUUGAAAUCUAACAUUGGGAAUUUCUUCAGAAUACACAAUGAUGAUGACAGUUAUGAAGAUGACCUCAUUAACAUAAACUCCUCACUAAAAACAAGGCAUUCAACUUCACACAUGUGAGUAUAGAGAGGGUACCAUCCUACCACCACCAUGUUCUUCACUUCAUAAAUCGUGUUCUCUCUUCCUAAAUCUUUCCAUAAUCUUUCAUUUUCUAGGUGGUUACGACAUCCUAAAGUUCGCGAGAAUUGGAAGACUGUGGCGGGCGCCAUCUUUUUGCUAAUUGUCGGAAUAUGUAUGUCAAAAAAACAGCAUUGAAUCAUUUUUUGGUUGAACACAUUAAUAUCAGUUUUCUUUGUUCGUUUUAUUUAGUAUUCUUGAUAUGUGGAAUUGUGUUGGCUUCAAUACCAGAACAUAAUGGUAUGAUUACCAUAUUUUUGCAGUGUGGCAGUACAUUUGCCCUCCACUGCUAUGGUUGGAUUCCCACAAUAUACAGUUGUCUGCUUAUAAUUUAACUUCAGUCACAUGUGAAAAGAAUGCUUCCAGUUUGACUCUACCAAGGUUUCACCACAUAUUCCAAUUUUUCACCUGUAGCUGAGCUCCUGUAGUAACACUGGAUGGGUUAAAUGGAACUAUAGGGAGAAGAGUUUAAACACAGUUUGGCUUGCUUCUUGUCACUUGAUUUAACCCGUUACAAUAGUUGCAUUACACCCUAAAUGCACACCACUUUCUUAUUUUACUCUGUCUGAUGACAGAUGGUUAAUGAUAGAUGAUGGCUUAAUGACAACUGAAGAUGAUAUUUUAUCAUUUUCUAUAGGUCCAAAAGCUAUAAUAUUUUUUGUGUGUGCAGCAGUCUGUAUUCUUCCUGGAGGUAUAUGUUCCACAUGUUUUACAUUCUAAACAUUUCAGCAACAUGCAUAACUUUUCUAUAUAUUAAACAUGAAAUUUUUCUUCAAUAGCUUAUCACACGGUGUAUAUCUACAGAGCAACAAAGGGUUGGAGAGGAUACACAUUCGAAAGUCUGCCAAGCUUCCGAUAGACAUUUCGUAAUAGAUUUUGAAUGCAAUUAAAAUUUGGAAUAUAACAUUGGAAUGCACAAGAUGUGAUCAUAGUAGUUAGCAUUUUAAGAAUUCGUACACAUUUAAACUUCAAGAAAUUCUUUUUGUGUGCAAGUUGUGUUAUAGACAUUUGUAAUCUGGAAUAAUAUGAAGAAAUUAAGAAAAUAUUCUGUAAAAUAUAUCUGAUGUAAAUAAAUUUUCACACUGUCAGGAUUCAGUCUAUUUUAAAGUUGCGCAAGCAGAGCAUUAUAACAAGACAAGCAAUUAUAACAUAUUCAGCAAUCAAAUUAACACAUCAAAAUUGGUUUUAAUAAAACCUUUCAUUAAAAAUCCAUACUACAAACAUCGAGCAUGUCGUAUAAAAUAUGUUGUACAAAUAUAUAAUAUACCUUGUUAUAUAUUAUGGCUUUUUUGCCAGGUCAAUAUAGAGAAUAAAUAUUAUAUGAUGUAAGCAUAACGUUUGUCUUACAUACACUGAUUUUACACAAUUGUAUAAAAAUAUUUUCUGUUGGUUUGAUUUUUAGGAACGUGAAUGUUAGACAAGUGUUUCCGUGUCUUGCUUAUCAUCUGAAAUAAAUAAAUUGCAGCUUAAUUAAGAUCAAAAAAUAAAUUUCAUCACGACAUUAAUCAAUUAAUAAAAAAUACUUGUAAUGAUACCUUUGACAUUUUGCUUGUUCUUUUUCUGAUGAAAUUCUUUUAAAAAUCCUGGAACAUUUUGUUCAUCUUCAUCUGAUCUAGUCACAUGAUCACCCUGUGAUGUUGUUUGACCAUCGUCACUUCCAGUGGUAUCUUCACUCUCUUCAGUUCCCCACGUCUUCCUAAUUCCCUUCAGUCUUUUCUGCCAUUCAGCCAUGUCAUUCUAAACAACACACAUUGUGAUGUGAAGAGUGCCAAACAUGCUUGCCUUAACCUCU